AUGGAGGAAACAAGAGCGGUGGCGAUGGCGGCGGAGCAGGAGGAUAAGCAAGGGCAGCAGCUGCCGACGGAGAGCAGCCCCUACACGAGGUACGAGGACCUGGAGGACUACAAGCUGCGGGGCUACGGCACCCAGGGCCACCAGCCCCCAGUGGACCAACCCCGCGGCCGCGGUGGCGGUGGCACCGACGCCCCCACCCUCUCCGGCAGCGGCCUCUCCCAGGGCCAGGCGGCCCAUGCCCAAGCUACGGACACCAUCAAUCGCCAGGGCCCCUACUGGUGCGAGAAGAAGUAUCGGAGCGAGCGGCGAGCCUGGAGCCCGGCCGCACCGCGCUGGCGACUCGGCCAGAUUCUACGAGGUUCCGGCCUCCGGGUAAUCCAGCGCCGUUCCAUCUCCUGCACCUUCAAAGUCCCUCCUAGAAUCAUUGACGUGAAUGGAAACUUGUCGGCAGGGGCCAUAGCAAACCUCGUGGGUGAGGUGGGAGCUGCUGCAAUGCAUCCUGAUGGUCACCACAUGAAGGUCUCGGUCGUAUGUAUGCGAGCUCUUCGUUUGCGGUUUCUCUUUUUUUUUUUUCCUUUUUUUUUAUUUUUUUAUACCACUGCUUCCUGCUCAAAAGCUCAUCCAAAUUCUGUCUCCUCUACUUUUCGCGUAUUUAUUUAUCAAAAUUUUAUUGUUGAUCAAGAUGAAUUGGAGAUCAUCUUAAGUGUUUUAGGGCACAAAGGACCUUAUGAUGGAACAUAUGCGUUGCUGAUAAACAAAAUGACAGGAGAGAUUGUUGCUGAAGGUCGACACUCAUUUUUUGGUAAUCUUAAAAGCAAGUUCUAAAUAGACACCCAUUAUCUCAUGCACAUUUGAGCUAUUUGUCCUCUCAGUUCUUGCAUGAUGCAAGAACAAAAAAAAAGGCCGGGUGGCUCUUUUUGCCUCCUCUUACAUCAAAAAAAAAAAAGAAAGUUCUUGCAUGAUGCAGUUUGUCAAUUCGAAUGGACAUGUUAAUGAAUGUAUUAUGGAUAAAUGAAUUAAAUUCUAUUACACAAAUGUGAAUUACCAUAAUCUCCUCUUUGAUCAUGUGUUAAGAUAGGUGAAUCACAAAGAUUAUUUUAUAUUUUUUAAAAUUCCAUGAAGGUCAAUUUGCAUUUUUUUCUCAACUGUCUACUUGUGGUUCGUCAUUUGAGAUUCUUUUAAGAUACUUUUAAGUUGUUAGAUAAAUUGACUUGUCUAUAACCGCAAUAUUUAUCA